AUGGGAGCGGAGCUGCCACUAGCCUUUGAUUUGCCUUUAAAUAACGAAGACGCGCAAGAUGUCGUUCGUACGUUGGCGCGGAAUAAUAUUAGUACGCGCAUACAAUCCGGUACACAUACGUAUUCAAAUGAAUCGGUACAAGGAGAGUUGGGCGUAACCAUUUCGACAGCGCUGAUGAAGACACUUCACAUCGACAGCGAUCAGAAACUUGUACAUGUGGGUGUUGGGUGCACUCUGGGCGAAAUGUAUGACUUGGCUCAUGCGAAUGGAUACAUAUUCAUUGGAGGCACACAUGCUAGUACGGGCGUGGCUGGUUAUACAUUGGGCGGGGGACAAUCUACGCAGUCCCGUUUUUACGGCCUGGCCGUUGAUCAUGUGAUCGAAUUUCAAUUUGUUGCACCUGAUGGUCAAAUUUUGGUUGUUCGAGAAGAUGGACCGUAUAAUGUUCUGUUUUGGGCUCUGAGAGGCGGGGGCAACAGUAAUUUCGGACUCAUCACGACGUUUCUAUUCAGGCUGCAUCAUCGAAGUGUGUUUCCAGAUGUGACGGAGGGUACCUUCUACUUUAAUAUCGCUAAUGAUAAGAAUUUGACGGCGGAUAUGCUAAAUAGCUAG